GGAGGGUGGGCUGGACGGAUUCCGCCAGUUUCGUUCCUCUCAAACCUGAGGAAGGCGGAGCGGCUGGAGAGUUUAGAUUUCUCGGCAGCGUGGAGCCCAGAGAUAGAAGGUGAGUGAGGAGAUACAGAGAGGGGAGUAAGGAGAGGGGGAGAGAGAGAGAGAGAGAGAGGAGCUUUAACCCAGGGAACAGUACAGCGAGAUUGCCACAAUCUCAAACAGAUUGAGUGAGACAGCAGUGAGGAUUUGGGGAGAGUUCUGCUUACACGUGCCGCUGCCUCAGGGCAGAGUGUUCUCACAUGGUACUCCGGGAAUAAAACUAGUCUCGGAAUCUAGUUGCUGCUGUUUCAGGGGAACAGACCCAGAGGUUUAACAGCAGGAGGAGGAGAUUGUGAUCGAAGCCUGGGCUCAGGUACAGUCGGGGACCCAGAGGCUGGUCCUUUCACUGGGAUAGAUGUGAGUCUGUCUCAGUGUGUGACAACAGGCUUCCAGCUGUGACAGGGCGCUGCUGCCUGAGAUUCCUGCUCUGAAACCCCCGUCCUAUCCCCACAGCCUGGACUGCCUGCCUUUCCCAGGCCGGGAACAGAGACAACACCUCGUCGUCUGAUACUGAACAUCGCCGGGAGGGAGAAUGUUCAUCCUGCGGGCCAGGGCCUGGCUCGGAUCCCUGCUCCUGAAUGUUGCGGUGUUCAGAUUCAUCGUACAGUCCCAGUUAGUAGCUACGCAGGAUCAUCGCCAGAUGGAGCUCACCUCUGGCAGUAAGUGGAGCCCAUGGCAGAGCUGGUCUCCGUGCUCCAGUACAUGUGGAGGGGGCGUUGCCACCAGGGUCCGGACAUGUUUGAUCAGUCACAGACAUCCCUUUGUAAAGCUCUGUCCAGGGAACCAGAGACAGUACAAGGUGUGCGCUGUGGAGGACUGUCCCCCGGGCACAAUGGAUUUCCGAGAGCUUCAGUGUGCAGCCUACAAUGGACACCGCAUCUCCCAGAUCCAAGGGGCUGUCUUUGAGUGGGUUCCAUUCUAUGGAGCCCCGAGUCCCUGUGAGCUCAGCUGUUUGGCCAAAGGGCGAAGGUUUUACUAUAAUUUCGGGCGGGUGCUGGACGGGACAAAGUGUGAGGCUGGUUCCAGUGGGGUCUGCAUCAAUGGACAGUGCCUGGCAGUGGGCUGUGGUGCUAUCCUGGGAUCAGAGCUGAAGGAGGAUGUGUGUGGAGUGUGUGGUGGCAGGAACACCACAUGUCAGCGAUUUCAGAGCGUUUUCAUCACUCCCCAUCUCUCCCCUGGUUCGUUGCAGUAUAAUGAGGUCACCACGAUCCCAGCCGGUGCCACUUACAUCAAGGUGACUGAUAAGAGCAGCAAUUAUCUGGCCCUGCAGAACAGAGACUACAAUUACAUCAUUAAUGGGAACUUGGCCAUCAACUGGCCAGGCACGUACACAGCAGCUGGGACGAAAGUUCACUACAGACGCUCAGCAGAUCACCAAGAGAGCUUGGAGGCCAUCGGGCCCACGAAGGAGGAUCUACACCUGAUGGUUCUGUCCAUGGAGCAGGAUUCUGGGAUCAAUUACGAAUAUUGGCUUCCCAAUGAUCAGUACUGGCUUUACCACGGAGACAGCAAUGUUCUGAGAGGGCCACACCAUGCGGUGGCCCACACAUCUCACUCAUUCUCACUGGCAUCGCCAAUCAAGCCCACCAUCCUCGCCAUGACAACUACCCCCAUCUCAGCACAAAGGGCCCCCGCACGUUCUCGCGAUGACACAGCUUCACAGAGAGAAAGCUGGUCACAGAGAAACCGCCUGCCAUAUCCCUCCAGACCAGGUAACUGCGGUAAGUGCCGAAGGGUUCGUGGAAAAUCAAACCGCAUCAGGCAGUACUGUGAGAGAGAUUUCGCCUUGCAUGUGAGGAUUAUUAAUAAAAGAAUCGUCGGGCUGGAGACACGUUAUGAUGUUGAUGUGCUGAAGGCCUACAAGAAAAGCUUUGCUCUCUUAAGGCGGGAGUAUCUGUGGGUCCCGAAUACCUGCGACUGUCCCCGAAUGGUCGAGAUGAAGCAGUACGUGGUGAUAGCACGCCGACAUGUGAACUAUGAGCGGACACUGAACCGGGUUCUGCUGGGGGCAGACAGCUUUGUCCGAAGGUACAGGCCUCGGGAGGAUAGACUCAUGAGGGGCCUGGAUGGGGAAUGUGAGAAGUGGGGAUACCAGCUCACAGUUAACAGACUUGGAUAAGUAUCAAGCCAGCCUCAGUGGGCUCUGUGAAUGCUCCGGUGACUGUCUGCAGACUGGGUGUGAGGGACGGGGGUGGGAGGAGGCAGGGGAAUGCAGUAAGGUCUCUGACACUUUACAGCAAACAGGGGAUUAGGUGGGACGCUUGUCUCAGACACUGCACGCUCUCACAGAGUUUGCUGCUGCUCUAUACAGCAGAGAUGCUGUGAGCCAAUCUGAUCCAUGGUUUUGGACGGCUCUGCUGGCUCCACAUAGUGUCUAAAACCCAGUCUUUGGGUGACUCACACACUCCAAGCUGUGUUAUGAGUUCAAUUGUUUUUGGCUCUACCGGAAACUUAGAGGCAGAGGGCGGAUAUUUUGAACACACAUCAGCUCAGUCUGGUGAAAGGCAGGCUCAACAGAUUGGGUUACAACUGAUCACUCUGAUUGGUCACUGUGAUUCAUCAGUGCGUUCUCUGCAAUUGAUCGCUAUGAUUGCUCACUGUACGUGAUUGUUGCAAUCAGUGUGAUUGGUCACUGCGACUGAUCAUUUCUUGAUCACUGUGAUCACUGAAAUUGAUCACUCAAACCACUGCGAUUGGUCGCUGGAUUGAUAACUGCAUUAGCUCACAGUGAUUGAUCAUUUUGUAAUCACUGUGAUUAAUCUCUGUGAUUGCUGUUUGGGUUGUGAUUUUUCAGCUUGGAGUGGCCCUUAAAUCACUGACAUUACAGAAAGACUUCAGACAGAGAGGAUCCCAGAUAUUUGAGCUUCAGAACAAACCCAUGGGUUUACACAAUAAGGUCACCUUCUGCGUCAUAUGAAUCUACUUUCAGGACCAGACUGAUGAGAAAAAGCUGGCCACUAAUGACUGAGCUGAGAGAUUGGGCCGCUCUCACAUUCUCUCUCUCUCUGUAUUUUGAUCUCAUACUGUCAACUGUGGUAACACCACUGUCAGCCAUGUUCUGUGCGUCUCGCCCACCCAAUCCAGAGUCACGAGUUCUGGGUUCAAAUCCCUUCCAGAAACUUGAACAGGCUCAGAAGUAAAAUACUGUUGGAGACACUGUCUUUCCAAUAAAAUGUUAAGCAGACAUCCCUUCUGCCCUCUCAGGUGAAAGUGAAAUAUUCCACAACAACAUGUUGAAGGAUAGUGCAGAUCUCCCUGAUUGAUAGCUAUGCUUCAACUCAUAAUCUAAAACUGACUGAAGGGUCUAGACCUGAAAGCCUUCCUGCUCCUGAGAUGCUGCUUGGCCUGCUGUGUUCAUCCAGCUCCACACCGCGUUAUCUCGGAUUCUCCAGCGUAGCCUCUGCAGUUCCUACUGUCCCUCUCGAAAACAACAAAUACUGGAGAACACAGCGGGCCCAGGCAGUAUCCAUGGAGAAAGAGCAAGGUAACGUUUCGAGUCGACAAUAAAGAGUCAUUUGACUUGAAAUACUAGUUUGCUUUCUCCCCACGGAUGCUGCCAGACCCUGCUGUGAUUUCCAGCAUUUUUAUUUGUUUUUGGUACAAAUUCCAGCAUCUGCAGUAAUUUGCAUCUAAAACUGAGUAUGGGAGCUUGCUGAGUCUUUUCUACAUUGUCACAGUGACCCCUACACUUCAAACAGAAGAGAACAUUGGUUAUAAAGCACUUGGAGAUGGUCUCCCCAUUAUGGGAGACACUUCACCCACUGGUAAAUCACAGUCCAUGGAAAUCCAGGUGAUUUCCAUCGAUCAGAAACCUCUUGAAAAUGACAUAUGAACAACAAAUGACAAAGUGAAUCAGCAGCAAAGGUGUUGCAAACCCUUUUUAAAAUGAUAAACUGUAAAUGUUAAACUGCACAGCCCAUAACUAAACCCUCACCCAAUGACUGUACCCUGACGUUGGACAGAAUCACAAUUUCAGAAUUCUUAAUUUCGUGGUGAGUGAAGGAGCAAGAGAGAGGGAGGAAUGAGUGCUGCCUGAACACUUCAGGGAUAUGAAAGAACUUUAUUCUGUUUCAUCAAUCUUUUUGAAACAAUCUGUUAAUUUUGCCACAGAAAUGAAGUUUUAAAUGGUGACAGUUUAAAUUUAGUUAUGCUGUAUUAGAGGUUAAAUAUAUAAAUUCAUAUAUAAAUAUCUAUGUAUAGCUCAGAAUAUAUUGAAGUAUUUAUUCAGAAACAUGUUUGAAAUCAGUAAAUAAUAGUGUUGCUGCGCAAAUGUCAGAGAUAUUCAAAUCAGGAUCAACUGAGGGAGGGGUCGAGGGCAGAAACAGAACUGCAGAGGGGCAGGGGGAAAGGGAGGGAGAGAGGGAAAGGGGCAGGGAAGAGGAGGGGGCAGAGGGAGAGCAGUGGGGGA